ACCGCUUCCGCUUCGCAUAUAAAGUUGAAACGCUCGAUAGGGAAUAUAAACCCUCUCUCUUUCUCUCCCUCUCCCUGGGAAAAAUGCCGUCAUUUCCUCGACCAGGCUCAGUCACCGUCUGCGAAAUCAACCGAGACCUCAUUACUGCGGAAGAACUCUCUGAUGAUGGAGCUAAGGAAACCUACGGCAAGGUUCUGGGAAUUGUGUUCAGUCCGGUUCCUUUUCAAUCAGAAAAUUUGUCGAGUGCGCUGAGCCCUGAACAAGGUGCCAUUGAUGGUUUAAACCAGAGGAAGAGUGGUUUACUUUGGGCAGCAUUGCAGACCGUCUCUACUGGUUCACACUUUUUUCGCCCAAUUGAUGUAAACAUCCAUUUCUUGAUCCCUUGUCAAAUAAAAAAAGAAAUAAUUCAUUUCUUAAUCACUAUGAAGCAGUUUCCCGUUGCAUUUACGACUCAUUCAUACAAAAGCUUUUCAAUGUCGUGAACAUCUUUUUCUCCA